CGCCUGCGCCGUGGGGCAGGCCGUGGGAGAUGCUGCUGUGGAGUGUGGCCAGGGGAGCCCUGGUGGUGUCAGUCGCUGCCCGUGGCCUGGCAAGUACCGGCGGGGACGGUGACGGGGGGCCACUAUCCAGCUGGGACUGGGGCCAAAGGCUUCCUGGAGGUGGCAGCAUUCUUCACAGGAUCCGAGUCCGUGAAGGCCACAGAGAGUUCAGGAAGGACCAUGUGGAGGUGGGCUCCCAAGCAGGUGCAGCGGGCACUGGGCAGCCCGAGUCCUCCCUGCCUGUUGGGGGCCCCUCAGAACCCCUGUACCCGCCACCCCCUGAGCUCCAGCCCCCCACCAACUGCUGCAUGAGCGGCUGCCCCAACUGCGUGUGGGUGGAAUACGCAGACGCACUGCUGCAGCACUACCAGGACGGCGGGGAGCGGGCCCUGGCCGCCCUGGAGGAGCACGUGGCUGAUGAGAACCUCAAGGCCUUCCUCCGGAUGGAGAUCCAGCUCCGUGUGAGGAGUGGAAGCUGAGCCGCCUGGCCAGACAGCCUCACCCCGACAGACUCCUCCUUGGAAUGCAGCACAGCCUCCUUUAUCCACGGCCCCUUUGUGCAGCUGGUGUCGAUGGGAACAGGAAGAGUUGUUUAUUGACUUUGCCUGAGAAUAAAUAAGCUCUGUGUGGUGGUUAGACAGGAGGCUUUUGUGUUGUCAUCCAUAGGUGUGUAUCACCUCAAGGAAAGCACGUGCAGAUGUCAUUGUAUGUCCACUGGGCACCUACAGCCUUCACCAACCUGUGAGGUUGGCUAAACCUGUUUCCUUGACUAUUCGAGUGACAGUGACCCCAGGGGCCCCCUUCUAUGUCCCAGCAUCCCAGAAGUCCCAAAGGUCAGCUCUGGUAACUCUCAGUGGUGCAGCAGAGGGAGGACCAUCCGGUCCUGAGAGGUUGCUGUUAGCAAAGCUCUGGCAGGCACAAAUGCCCGCAGGUGGCCUGGAAUGUGCCCCAUUCAUCCAGCUGCAGGCUU